GAGGCUCCAAGGAGGAGGCGGUGCAUAACAAAAAGUAAUGGCCAUCUAUUUGGUUACAGAAGCGCUAAGGAUAUAUGUCGUCGUACUACAGAUUAACAUCUUGGGAUAAACGGAGGAAAGCUUUCAAGUCUCAGCCAGUGUUCAAGGGCAUGCCAAAUCCUCAGUAAUGGAGCCCACUGUUGUGAGUACAUCCACCCUGGCCCCUGAUGAGUUCGACAGAAAUGUGCCUCGAAUCUGCGGCGUGUGUGGCGACAAAGCCACCGGCUUUCACUUCAACGCCAUGACCUGCGAGGGCUGCAAGGGCUUUUUCAGGCGCAGUAUGAAGCGCAAGGCUUCCUUCACGUGUCCCUUUAACGGCAGUUGCACCAUCACCAAGGACAACAGACGCCACUGCCAGGCAUGCCGGCUCAAACGCUGUGUGGACAUUGGCAUGAUGAAAGAGUUCAUCCUGACAGACGAGGAAGUGCAGAGGAAGAAGGACCUCAUUCAACGGCGAAAGGAUGAGGAGGCCCAACGCGAAGCGGAGAAGGAAGCGCGGCGACCUCGGCUGACCGACGAACAGAGUCAAGUCAUUGCCACGCUGGUGGAGGCGCACCACAAAACAUUCGACGACUCCUACUCUGACUUCUGCCGCUUUCGGCCUCCUGUGCGAGAGGGGCCAGUGACACGCAGCGCCAGCAGAGCCGCUUCCCUCCACUCUCUGUCGGACGCCUCCUCCGAUUCCUUCAGUCACUCUCCUGAAUCGGUGGACACCAAAAUGAAUUUGAACAACUUGAUGAUGAUGUAUCAGGAGCAAGGAAGCAGCCCCGAUUCCAGUGAAGAGGAAGCCUCCAGCUUCUCCAUGCUGCCCCACCUGGCCGAUUUGGUGUCCUACAGCAUUCAGAAGGUCAUCGGCUUUGCCAAGAUGAUCCCGGGCUUCAGAGAGCUGACAGCAGAAGAUCAGAUCGCCUUGCUGAAGUCGAGUGCCAUUGAGGUGAUCAUGCUUCGCUCAAAUCAGAGCUUCAACCUGGAAGACAUGUCCUGGAGCUGCGGUGGUCCCGACUUUAAAUACCAGAUCAGUGAUGUCACCAAAGCGGGCCACACUCUGGAACUACUGGAGCCGCUGGUUAAGUUCCAGGUGGGCCUCAAGAAGCUUUGCCUACAUGAGGAGGAACAUGUACUGCUGAUGGCCAUCUGCUUGCUUUCUCCAGACCGCCCAGGUGUGCAGGACCACGCGCGCAUCGAAACCCUCCAAGACCGCCUGUCCGAGACUCUGCAGGCCUUCAUCCAGCUCAACCACCCCGGCGGGAGCCUGCUCUACGCCAAGAUGAUUCAAAAGCUGGCCGACCUGCGCAGCCUCAACGAGGAGCACUCCAAACAGUACCGCUCGCUCUCUUUCCAACCCGAGCACAGCAUGCAGCUCACCCCACUGGUGCUGGAGGUGUUUGGCAGCGAGGUGUCCUAAGGGGCGACCGCACCCGUGCGGGUACAAAAUGGAGGGUGGGAGCCGAUGAUGAUCUGGAUGCGUGUCUCUUUCAAGAGUCCGUAAGGCGAGCAAGCAGAUGUUUAAGCGACAGUAAACAAGGGAACUACAUUCAGUACAACUUAAGCUAAGCAUACUUCUGCCUCUUUACAGUGUUUAUUUUUUUUGUCUAUUUAAAAAUCAACGCUGCUUCAAAUGUCAGGACAUUUUGUGUACACACACAGUGCACAACAACAAACACACUCAGUUAUUCAUUUAGCCAUUCCGUUGAGCUACCUCUUUAUUUUCUUUUUUUUUUACCGGGGCUGUUUUAUAUUACUAUCACCUCCUAUGGAUGCUUUAGAUACAGUACGGACGACGUUUUACCGGAUGAAAUCAGUGCCUCUGCAUUACUUUACAAGUUGUCAUUUUUUAUGGUCAUCUGCUUGUCUCCAAGGCAGUGUGUAUUUAUGUAUACCAACCUUUCAUCUCUUGCCAAAGGUAUGGUCCUCUACCAUCUCGGAAAACCAUCUUGCAGCUCACGUGCGUGCGGCCGCGUGACACGCUCACAAUCUUUUUUUUUUUUUUUCUGACUAACCUCACAGCCCAUGAAGGAAAACGGUCAGUAUUUCACUUUAGAUUGCAGAGUAUAGUCUGUCAUUUAGUGGAUUGAAUUUUGGUUUGCCUGGUUUUUGGAGGUGAGAAUCAGCCACUAAAUGUGUUAGCUACUAUUUUUUUUUUUCUUUUUCUAACUGCAAACGGUCAAUCAAACCGAGCCAACAUUAUGGCUUGUCGCUCUUUAUUUUCCUAAACCUUCUAAUGAUAUAGUUAAUUCCUUGUAAAUAGCUAAUUGCUACCAUGUGUAUCCUAAGCACUGUUGUAUCACCAUUUAUUCAAGAUUGUAUACUCUAUAUAUCACAGAUUUUAAAGGGCUAAAUGCCAAAUUUAACUGGAUUAGUGAAUUAAGGCUCCGGUAAGAGACCUGACUUGUUAAUGGAUGGCUGCAAACCAUACUUGGAGUUGGCUUAGAAAUGGAUAUAAUUGCUUCAGAAUUGUUUAUUUUAUUUUGUAUGUCCCUGUAUCUUCCCCAAGACAAUUUCAAGAAUUGUUCUUCUGUGGAAUAUCAUGAGCUCGGUGGGCGUGAAACUUUGCAAGUUGCUUCACACCUUGGCACUUAUAAUACCCUGAAUUUUCUAGAACGUCUGAGAACUAGGCUGAGGGGGAGACUGGUUGUGGUUGGUGUGCAACUCCUCCCAAAGGCCCUCCAGAUGGCUCAUGUGUGCAGUUUGCCCCCCCUAGUGGCUGUUUUGUCUAAAGACCAGAUAUGCAGUACAUAAAAGUCAUCGUGUUAGGGUGACCAGAGAUGCAAUUUCAGCCUUGUAUUACUCAAUAUAACUCCGAGUACAGUUUCUGCUCUAGAUAAUUCAUAUCGGAAUUUUGAGAAAAGUUGUGUAUUUGGUUCUACUAAAAAAACAAACAUUUUAACUGUAAUAACAUAAAAUAAGCCGGUUAAAAACAGAAAAACAUUUGAAUUGUAAUAACGUAAAAUAAGACAGUAUCACGAGAACAAAAAACAUUUUAUGGUUUGAAAGAAAUAUACUUGUAGUAUUAAGACUAAAAUGGGAAUGGAGUUUUAAUGUUGAGAAACUGAAAAAAUGUGUGAGAAUUUCUUAUUAUGCGAGUGAUUAAAAAAAAAUAUUCCAUUGUAAUAUAAGUGACGUUGGACAUUUGAGAGUAAAAGGUGAAAUAGUACAGGAUCGAAGCCCUUAUGUUAAUACAUGAUUAAAGAAAUAGAAUAUUCGUAUCCCCCAACAUCCAGAUUAAGGUUGUAAUUUUACAAGAAAACAUCGAUCUAUUUAUUUAAUUUUUUUGUCCCAUUGAGGACACUCACUGCAAAAAAAAAGACUUUCUAUCAGGGUAAAGCAAAUGUCGUGAAGAUGACAGAUUUAAAUGUAAAUGCAAGAGAAUUCUAAAUAGUAUUUAAAUUGAUAUACAAAACAAAUAUGCAAUACAUAAUAUUGCCAUUUUCCACUUUGUUGUGAUCAACUGAUGAACCCUCACUAGUUUUGGAAUGACCCAGUUUGAUUAUUAAGUCAUUAGUCACAUUUGGUACUUAAGAGGCCGCAGUAUUAUUUGGUGCCACGAUGAAAUUGCCCGAAGAAAACUGAUCUGUAGAUUGCUUGAUAGAUAGUAUGCCGCAUGCACAUCACAAAUCCUCCCUUUCCUGUCACGCGUGGACUAUUUUCACGGGGUUCCGUUGCGUUCAAGCUAUUUUCCCGGUAGCGAUGUGAUGUCAAAUAGUUUCUGACAUGGGCGAAAGUAGUUCCUGUGAUUGGCUAUGCAGGCUUCCUGUGCCAGACCUUUUAUGACGCUUCCACUGACAUCAUCUCAGGGCUACUCUUGCAUCCGUCGCGCUGCUCCUCGUUUGUCAUCGGGAGAGCAUUGUCGCUUUAAACUGUGCAGCCCAAACCGACUCACCAGCAGGACCGUUCUCUUUCACUGUGGCAUAAGUCCAACUCUUCUACUAUUGAUGACUUGUGCCAAUCCAAAUGCACGGGAAAUAUAUUGCAAAAUGUUUCCCUGUUAAUGUAACGACAGUUUUGGUUUUCUCCGAUACAGUAUACGGACUAAGUUCAUGUCCUCAAAAGUGACGAUUGAGUGUCUUGGAGGCAGUAGGCCACCACGCGUACUUAUUUUUUUUGGAAAGUUUUUUCUACUGCUGUAUGUAGGUUAAAGAUAGUAAUGCAGUGUUGACUUGUACAGAGGAGUAGUAAGGCGACACUGAAAAGAAAAAAACAACCAUCUCUCAAAACAAAUUUUGUUUUUUUCAUGUAAUAUUCCAUUCUUCAUUCAGGUAACUUUAGGGCUUUCUUGUGCUGGUCUUUUCUUUUCAGUGCAGUCGUAAUAUUUCUUUGUAGAUAUGCGCGUGUUUUAUCCAAGUAGGGAACUUUGGGGAAUGCGAAAGUGCCAUAGGAAGGCUUUCCUCCAAACGAGAACAGGGUCAGUGAGUUCUUCGGUGAGGAUUUCUGAGCCGAGCAGGAAAAUUGUAGAGGACAAAAGUAACGUCGACGUUGGCGCUCAUGACUCUGAGUCAUUGUACAUAUCAUGGAUCUGCUCAUAUUGACACGAGGUUUUCUUGUUUAUAUUCACCAUACAAAGCUGCUUCAAACCAUUGUAACAAUGUGGUUGGUGCUUGUUGGAUUACUGGACCUUGUAAAUUCUACUGCAACGGAGAUCCACCACGCAUGACAUGCGACCGUCUUUGUUGCGAUAGUAGCGUUCUAGUCAACAAGAAUGACAUCACAUACCGUAAUACCUGUAAUAUACACAUCAUGGUACACUAUCACCAGCAAGCUUUACAGAUAUACUAUUUUGUUUCUCUUUUUGAAAGUUUGUCCGUAUGACUGUUGCCAUUACAAAUCCUGUCCAUAAAGCAGGUAUGAUAGCCGUCUCGCCGCCCGCCCACACGUUCUAUUUGGAGUUUUCGUUCCCGCCUUUACGACAGGGAUUGUAAUGGAAUCAACUUAAAUGUAGUUCUUAAGACGAAGAUUUUCCACAAUGGAUGUACGCCGUCGUCAACCUAAUAAGAAACAACCUACCUCUUUUAGCGCUUUUGUUUUUUUUUUUGUUUUUUUGGCUUUAGCAUUUGCUUCAGUUUUUACUUUUGUAAUGUUUGUAUUCAUAUUGGUAUUUAUUGCUGUCUAAUGAGUCAUACUUCAAUGAUUACCUCAGAGAUAUCUCACAGAUUUUGGGGAGAGUCCAGCUAAUGAAGUCGUUGAUAGUUUGUUUGUUGUCGUUGUACAGUUGUCUUCUCAUACUAAGCAUUGCCCCCUCCGUUCCCACCAACACACAAAAUACCAGUGGUGUUUUUAUGAAAUCUUGUGACUACACCCACGGGGCUCUCACUGGCUAGAAAGCGCUUUGCAGCAUUGUCCUUGACAUGUAUACUUAGAGAGUGGAAUGAAAACGAAAUGUCUACACAUCUCAUUUAUGAGACCAGAUUUUUGUGAAAUGUAGAAAAAAUAUAAUGGCUGGAUAAUCUUUUUUGUAUGUGUGUGUGUGUGUGAAAGAAAACAAGUCAAUUAUUGUCAUAUUUAGGCCAUGACUUGCCAGAAAUUCCUUCAGUGUUUUCCUUCUCUCUCUGGUCUUUACAUUCGUUUAACAGAGAUGUCCAGUUCUCCUGUUCCAGUUCUCACAAUGGUGCCAUAUUUUAUGUACUUGUAUAAUGACUGACUUCACUUUGUUCCAAGGUCCAGCUAAAGCCUUGGAAAUACCUGUCGGAGAAAUCUCAGUGUUGGAAAUGCUCAGAGGCAUGUGUAGAUUAGUUUGAAUGUGAUCAGUCAGAUACGUUCACACAUGAGAUGAAGGAGCUGCAGGAAUUUCUGGCAAGUAAUAGCUGCGUUCCCCUACAGGCUAUCAUUCAUGUUGAAAGUUUUUCGAGAGGAUGUGUAGACUUUUUAAAGCCACUGUGGUUUGUAAAGGCAAACCUUGGAGAGCAUGUAAUUCGUUAGGGAAGUGUCCAGAGGAACUCCAGUGGCUGAUGGAGCAAUGAGAGGUGUGUUAGCCCCACUUGGUUCUACUAUAUGUGUGGUUGAAGUUCUACAGUGCCCCGCCCCCACGGUCUUUCUCCUCAUAUCUUCUGUCUGAAGUCUACUCCCUCACCUGUGUCAAUCCCGACCCGUUUUUGGUCCGACGAAGGGAAUUAGGAGAGGCGACAUCUUCAGUACACACUACAUGCAAUGCUGCUUCUACCCCCUUUUGUUCUAUUUAUAUAUAAUUUUUUUUAAUUGUCAAGCAUCACCAAGUUAGAGACACUACAUAAUGCGGGCAUGGUCCAAAGUGUCCCCCCCCCCAAUAGGAAUAUAGUGGUACUCAUUGGAGAGAGAUCACUUUUUGUACUCAUGUCAAACUGCUUCAGGUAAACACUGAAUGGAAUGAUUAGAGUUGUUGUUUUUUGGUUAAUAUAAAGAGGAACAUUAUUGCCAUGACGACUUACCCUGAGCUGUGUGCUACAUGGCCUUUUUACUGCAGGGACACCACGUUCCCCAGCUUUGUGACUGGGAGAGAAUCUGACUUAUGAUGUAGUACUUCUGAAUUUGGCAUUGAAUUCUAGUCCUUCAUGAAGCCUUUAUGAAGCCAAAUUAUGCCACGUUCAAUUAAAAUGCCUAAACCAACAAAAGCACUUAAUGUAAUCUUAUGUAAUGCGCGCAUACUGAUUGACUCUAUUUGCCACAAAAGGCCUAAUGUAUAGGUCACGCUUGGCUUUAGUUAUCAGAAAAAUUUAAAUCACCUAAAUUUUAUUGUAAUUGCAAUUUUAUCUUUUGUGUCUUUUUUUCUCUCAAAGAUCUCUUUUCUAUUAUAAAUUGAUGUCUAUGUAAUAUUAUUUUGUCUGAUGUUUUGCAAAUCAAAAAUAAACACUUGUACAGUGCAAA